CAAUCUACGCAUCCCGUCAAGCUGCAAUAUUCAAGCCUUGACAUUGCGAAGAUGGACGCUGUUAUGGUCUAGACCAGGAUACAUAGAAAGGAACAAACUGCGAGUUUCAGAGGUCUGUUAUGACAACAUUUCCAGUUCGUACAGGUGGAGGCAGGGGGCGUGAGUAGAGUGCCAGCAGACUUCGGCAGCAUGUAUUCCGAGUGGCGCUCGCUGCAGCUGGUGGUGCAGAGUGACCAGGGCCACCUCAGCGUGCUGCACACCUACCCCACGAGCGUGGGCACAGAGGUGGCCAAUGCCGUGGUCAAGCCUCUGGGUACGGCGGUGAGCCCUGUCGCCACGGAGAACAUCCUCAAGACGGACAAGGAGGUGAAGUGGACCAUGGAAGUGCUGUGCUAUGGCCUCACCCUCCCCCUGGAGGGGGACACUGUCAAGCUGUGCGUGGACGUGUACACCGACUGGAUGAUGGCCCUGGUGUCACCCAGGGACUCGAUGCCUCAGCCCGUGGUCAAGGAGCCCAAUAUGUACGUCCAGACCAUCCUCAAACAUCUCUACAACGUCUUUGUGCCGAGGCCUGAGCAACACAGUCUAAACCACAUCAGGCUUUGCCAGCAAGUUCUGACGGCAGUCCAGAAACUGGCACGAGAGUCUGUGUCCAUGGUGAGGGAAACCUGGGAGGUGCUGUUGCUCUUCCUGCUUCGCAUCAACGACACAUUACUUGCCGCGCCCACGGUCGGAGUUGGGGUGGCUGAGAAACUGGCGGAGAAAUUGAUGGCGGUGCUGUUUGAGGUGUGGCUACUGGCAUGCGCCCGCUGCUUUCCCACGCCACCUUAUUGGAAGACGUCAAGGGAGAUGCUGGCCAACUGGAGACACCACCCUCCUGUCGUGGAGCAGUGGAGCAGAGUGGCUUGUGCCCUGACCUCCAGGCUCUUGCGCUUUACCCACGGACCGUCCUUCCCACCUUUUAAAGUUCCAGAUGAAGACGCCAGCCUGAUCCCUUUAGAGAUGGACCACGACUGUGUGGCCCAGACGUGGUACCGCUUUCUCCACAUGCUCAGCAACCCGGUGGACCUGAGCAACCCUACGAUAGUGAGCACCACUCCAAAAUUCCAGGAACAGUUUCUCAACUCCAGCGGCUUGCCUCAUGAAGUGGUGCUGCAUCCCUGUUUGAAACAGCUGCCCCAGAUUUUCUUCAGGGCCAUGAGGGGCAUCAGCUGCUUAGUGGAUGCCUUCUUGGGUAUAUCACGUCCCAGAGCGGACAGUGCUCCGCCCACCCCAGUCAACAGAAUGAGCAUGUCUCCGCCCCCCUCCAUCACCAACACCACACCCCCCCACAGCCGCAAGCAACGGCACACGGUGGUCAACAAGACCACAAGCAAGAGUUCAACUGGCAGCAGUAGUCAACCAACCAAAGCAUCCCAGCAGCACCAACAACAGCAGCAGCAGCAGCAGCAGCAGCAACAAACGUCAUCCUCCCCGACCCUGCUGUCCAGUCCCAAUCAGAGCAGUUGGGAGACUCGGCCCUUGCCGGCCCCAGCGCGGCCGAAGGUCAACAGCAUCCUCAAUCUGUUCGGCCAGUGGCUUUUCGACGCCGCGCUGGUCCACUGUAAGCUCCACAGCGGCCUCAGCCGAGACCCCAGCAUGACCGCGAUAGCCACUCAAGUAGGUCUGGAGCUGAGGAGGAAGGGCUCCCAAAUGUCCACCGACUCCAUGGUGUCCAACCCCAUGUUCGACGCCAACGAGUUCCCGGAGAGCUACGAGGCGGGACGGGCCGAGGCCUGCGGGACUCUCUGCCGCAUCUUCUGUAGCAAGAAAACUGGGGAGGAUAUUCUGCCUGUUUACCUGUCCAGGUUCUACAUGGUCCUGAUUCAGGGUCUCCAGAUCUCUGAUUUUAUCUGUCGGCCAGUUCUGGCUUCGAUCAUUCUCAACUCUUCCUCUCUCUUCUGCACUGACCUGAAGGGCAUCAAUGUGGUGGUGCCAUACUUCAUAGCUGCGCUGGAGACUAUUGUACCAGACAGGGAGCUGUCCAAAUUCAAGAUGUAUGUAAAUCCUACCGACCUGAGGCGAGCCUCGAUCAACAUCCUGCUCGCCAUGCUGCCACUGCCGCACCAUUUUGGCAACAUCAAAUCAGAGGUUCUGUUGGAAGGAAAGUUCAACGAGGAGGACGGAUGGCCUCAUGACCAGCCCGUGUCUUUCCUUUCACUGAGGCUACGUCUCGUCAAUGUCCUCAUCGGAGCACUUCAGACUGAGACUGACCCCACCAACACACAGCUCAUUCUGGGUGCGAUGCUAAAUAUUGUUCAAGACUCGGCGCUGCUGGAGUCCAUAGGUGCACAGACCGAAACAGGGAGCAUAGACGGGAGCCACAUGAGCGUGAGGAGUCAGAGUCACAGCCGCACCAACAGCGGCAUUAGUUUCACUAGCGCGGGGAGCACGGAGGCCACCAGCCCGGAAUCCGAGCGUCCCGUCCAGGCCCUGCUUCGAGACUACGCUCUUCCAGAUACGGCGGCGGGCCUGCUGGUGCGCAGCAUCCACCUGGUCACUCAGAGGCUCAACUCCCAGUGGAGGCAAGACAUGAGCAUCUCACUGGCUGCCCUGGAGCUGCUGGCUGGGCUCGCCAAGGUAAAGGUAAAAGUGGGAGUGGACUCUUCAGACCGUAAACGUGCCGUCAGCUCGAUAUGCGGGUACAUCGUGUACCAAUGUAGCCGUCCAGCUCCCCUUCAGUCCCGAGACCUCCACUCCAUGAUUGUAGCCGCCUUCCAGUUUCUGUGUGUGUGGCUCACAGAGCACCCCGACAUGCUGGAUGAGAAGGAUUGUUUGGUGGAGGUGUUGGAGAUCGUGGAGCUGGGAAUCUCUGGCAGCAAGUCCCGACAGGAGCUGGAGGUGCGACACAAAGGGGAGAAGGAGCACAACCCAGCUUCAAUGAGGGUGAAGGACGCUGCCGAGGCCACUUUGUCCUGUAUCAUGCAGGUGUUGGGGGCCUUCCCGUCCCCGAGCGGACCCGCCUCCACCUGCAGCCUGCUGAAUGAAGACACCCUGAUCCGCUACGCCCGACUCAGCGCCACAGGAGCCAGCAACUUCCGCUACUUCGUCCUGGACAACUCGGUCAUCCUCGCCAUGCUGGAGCAACCUCUCGGCAACGAACAGAACCCCAGUCCAUCAGUGACGGUUUUGAUCCGAGGGACGGCUGGCAGACACGCCUGGACCAUGCAGCUCUUUCACCAACCCAGAGGAGCUCGGGCCAAUCAGAGGCAGGUGUUUGUUCCCGAGGGCCGUCCGACCCCCAACAAUGGUGUGGGUAUCAAGUACAGCGUCAAGCAGAGGCCCUUCCCGGAAGAAGUGGAUAAGAUACCGCUCGUCAAAGCUGACGUCAGUAUUCCUGACUUGGAUGACAUCGUCAGUAAAGAGGUGGGUUGUAUGGGCUGGCCGGAGGAUUCCAGAGUGACAAGUACAGUGAUGAGUUAUUUCCCACACCUGGAACUUCAGCACGACAGGCUUCGUAUUCUGAUGACCAAGCAGAUCGAGUAUGAGAACGCCUUGGAGCGGCACAGCGAGGAAAUCUGGAAGUCCAAGCCUUACCCCGACCCACAGACGGACUGCAAACCGCCUCCACCCUCAAAGGAGUUCCAGACGGCGCGCCUCUUCCUCUCACACUUCGGCUUUCUGUCUCUGGAGGCGCUCAAGGAGCCCAACAACAGUCGUCUACCUCCUCAUCUGAUUGGCCUGGAGUCAUCGUUGCCAGGGUUUUUUGAUGACAUCAGCUACCUGGACCUGCUUCCCUGCCGACCCUUUGACACCGUCUUUGUUUUCUAUGUGAGGGCUGGACAGAAAAGCAGCCCCGAGAUCCUGAGAAAUGUGGAGUCAUCAUCCAGUGUCCAGCCCCACUUUCUGGAGUUCCUGCUGUCCUUGGGCUGGCCUGUGGACGUGGGACGCCACCCGGGGUGGACCGGCCACCUGGAUACCAGCUGGUCCCUCAACUCCUGCUCCGACGGCGACGAAACGCAGCAAACCGAGGACGCAGCUACUCCUGAGGACACAGGAGGCUCCGUGUUCAACGGGGAGAAGAAAGUGUUGUACUACGCCGACGCUCUGACGGAGAUCGCCUUCGUUGUUCCAUCCUUAACAGAACAUUCUGAGGAGUCAUCGGUGCACAGUGACUCCACAGUGGAGGCAGACACCAACGCAGACCUCAUGCCUGCUUCACUCAAACAACCCAAUCUCACCCUGGAGCUGUUCCCCAACCACUCUGAAAACCUGGAGUCUGCCAAAAAGCUGAGUCCUUUGGUGAAGACAAAGAGGUCGUCGACUGGGAAGUCUUUCCCACCUCUGGGUCCUGAAACAAAGGUGUUUGUGGUCUGGGUGGAGCGAUUUGACGAUAUCGAGCACUUCCCCUUGUCUGAUCUGUUGGCGGAAACCAGCACAGGCUUGGAAGCCAGCAUGAGCAACAGCACUUCCUGCAGGUCAGGGUUACUAGAGAAGGACGUGCCUCUGAUCUUCAUCCACCCCCUGAAGACGGGGCUCUUCAGGAUCCGGCUGCAUGGAGCCAUGGGCAAAUUUGGCAUGGUGAUUCCCCUGGUGGACGGCAUGGUGGUCAGCCGCAGAGCACUAGGGUUUCUCGUGCGCCAAACGGUCAUCAACGUGUGCCGACGGAAGCGCCUGGAAAGUGACUUGUACAACCCGCCUCACGUGAGGCGGAAGCAGAAGAUAACGGAGAUCGUCCAGCGCUACCGCAACAAGCAACUGGAGCCCGAGUUUUACACCUCGCUCUUCCACGAGGUGGGGGAGGGAAAGCCUCACCUCUAACCCCCCCAACCCCCGCCAUGUCCUGUCCUAACACUGGCUCACACACACACACACACACACACACACUGUACACACACACAGAAUCUUUAUAUUUAUACUGUACUGUUUUGUUAUUUAUAUGAAUACAUAUAUCAACACUGUCUGCCUUUGACUCCGAGAGCAAAGUGUCAAAACCACGCCGAGGUGGAAUGCGCUGCAUUUCUGUGUCGCAGCCUCUCGCUGAAGUUUCCAGCGGCCGAAGUUCAGCGGUGACUGUCUCUCUUCAUUUAAGGUUCACGCUUCGUGUUUGUCAUUAACUGCAAUACAAUAGUUACACUGUUGGCCUUUCUGAAAUUGUAAAAAACUUGUCCUUUUAAGCCCCUGUUAUACAAGUGGAUGGUUUGGUAAUACAAAUGUGUACUAAAUCCAGAUCUGCAUAUCUGUUUAUGUUUUUUUUUAAAAAACCAAACAGAUUUUCGGAGUCGGAUUUUUGCCCCCGUUUUUACAAAGAUACUAAUCAUCCACUGCUAAAGUCUUCCUUCCUCCCGCGUGUGAAACACACACAUUCGGCCAUCGCAGCAGCUGACUGAGUACUUUCUAUACAUUUUUAUUUUCCAGAUGGUUUCUGGGACUCCUACGUUGUUUUACUGUAUGCGGGGGGGGGGGGUCAUUUAUUGAACCUGCGCUCGUCUCCUUUGCCUGCCUGCGUGUGCGUGUGCGUGUGCAUGUGCGUGUGCGUGUGUGUGUGUGGUCAAAUCAUUUACACUACAAGGUGUGACCGCUAAAAAAAUAAGAUUAAAAAACGGCAUUUAAAGAUCGGGGAACUUCCUCGAGACUACAACUGGUUUACUCUUUAACGCUUGGUAACAUUUGAGUUUACUGAUAAUGAGUCGCCACAGAGCUCCUGCAGUUUGCACUUGACGUUUGGAGGGCUGAUAUGAAGUGACCGCAAGAGAAAUUUUUAGGUUUGAAAGAAGAUAUGUAACUUGUCAGAAAUACUCAGUUUGGAUAACAGAAAUUAAACCUUUCUUUUUGUUCUUAUUUUCCUCACAAUUUGUCUCACUUUUGUUUACUCACUGUACAUCUGGUUUCGCACCUGUAACAAUGUGAAUUUAUUCAUCACAGCGGAUGAAAACAGGGCAAACACCUCUAGUUUCUUAGUUCUAUUGGAGAAGUCUUAAUGCACUGAGCACGUUUUCUGUUCCUUUUCUAUUCCCUUUGGUUCCCGUACAUGUCUUCUUUUACUCUGGUGCAGCCCCCCUGCUGAAGGACGACUUUUUUCUUGCGGACAAUGAAUGAAGGAAGAGGCACCGUGGAGUUGUUGUUUUUUAACCUAUCAUGUCUAAUAGUGACUCACUUUUUAUGACAGUGCUUUGUGCACAUGCCUUUUUUUUUGGGAAGAAAAAAGUAAAUUUGAAUAUGCUUCAAAAACUACAUACAAUCAGUCAUAACUUGUAUUCUAUGUUACUCCUCUGAUGUUUGAUCAUAUUUAAAGAAUUACCAUGUACAGAAGCGGAGGAUGAUAUGUAAAUAUAUGAUAGUGUAAGGCAUUUACAAGUUGUCUGUUGCAUUCCUCAUCCAUGAGACAGCGAGAAAAGGUGUGUGUGUGUGCGCGCGUGUGUAUGCAAGCAAUUUAUGUGUGGGAGCAUCACAAUGGGUGUUGAAUGUAACAUGCAUCAAUUAAAACUAUUAUUGACAUUUUAA